AUGAAUGCAGGAUACGUUGAUAAUACUCUACACCAAAGAGAUACAAAUCGAACUAGAUUAUUUGCAGUAGCAAGUGAAUUGAAUCCCGAAGCUAAUAAAAAUACCGAUUAUGUGUCGCCCUAUGUAAGUAAAAGUAGUAAGAAAGGAAUGAGUUAUUCUCAGAACUCUUUGGCUCAGCUGGAGUCACAGAGUGACGAGCAGGUCGGACUUAUGGGUCAAAAACUUCAAGCCCUGAAAUCUUUGUCUCUCAAAAUGGGAGAAGAGAUUAGGGGUAGCAACCAAACUAUUGAUACGCUGGGGGACACCUUUCAAAACACUGCUAGCAAACUUAAGAAAACUUUUGGUAACAUGAUGACCAUGGCAAGAAACUCCAAGAUUAACAUCAAGACGUGGUUGUUAAUAUUCUUGCUUGUGGGAUUACUAUUCUUCUGGGUGUGGAUAACUUAA